AUGGCUCAAGCAACUUACGACACUCAACUCUGCAGAACAAUCAAUAUAUGGAGGGAGCAGCAGUUAUGCAGGGAGCACCAAAUAUUCGAGGAGGAACCUAUUAGCCAGGGUAGGAUUAAGGGUAAUCCUUUCGAGGAUAUUUUGAUUGCAUGGAGAGGAACAGUUCAAGCAAUAGAAUGGGUGAAAGAUUUUGAUUUCCCACUCGUACCAGCAACUAAGAUUCUUGGAAAAUUAACUGGCGAUGCUAAAGUUUUAUCGGAGGUAAGGCGACAAGUUGAAAGAUUCAAGAACAAAGAAAUUAGCAUAACCGUAACAGGCCUCAGUUUAGGUGCAGCAGACAUUGUAGCCAAUGGUUACAACAGGCCAAGUGAGAAACCAAAAAAUCCUUGUCCUGUGACAGCAUUCAAAUUUGGCAGUCCACAAGUCGGGGACUUGAAUUUUAAGGAAAUUCUACUGUCUGUGAAAAAACUUCAUAUACUACUAAGUGUUCGUAACAAAGCCGAUCUUGUUCCUCACUAUCCACCAGUUGGGUACACUAGAAUCGGAAUCGAGCUACUAGUCGAUAGCACAAUCUCCCCUUUUCUAAAGUACCCUGGUGACAUUACUUGGCAUAUUUUAGAGCCUGCUUAUUUGCAUUCAGUAGCAGGAACAAAAGGGAGUGAAGGAGGGUUUCACUUAGAAGUUAAAAGGAACGUUUGCUCUUAUAAACAAGGGUUCGAAUGCUCUUAA